CCUCCGCCUCUUCCCGGGGAGGACUGGCGGGAAGCGACCAUCCCGCCCACCCGCCUGGCGGGACGCUUAAAGUGCGCUGGAGCAGCUGGGAACCCCUUGAGUUCCCGCUCGGCACCGCCAUGUCUACCCCUGCCAAGCGGCGCUGCCAGAGCCCCCCCGGCUCCCUCGAUUCCAGCUUCCAAAAGCGCCUCAGAAAGAUUUCCAUCGAGGGGAACAUCGCUGCGGGGAAGUCAACGUUUGUCAGGCUGCUGGAGAAACACAGCGAUGAGUGGGAGAUCAUCCCCGAGCCCAUCGCUAAAUGGUGCAACAUCCAGACAGCCGAGGAUGAGUAUAAGGAACUUUCAACAUCUCAGAAGAGUGGAGGAAACUUGCUUCAGAUGCUGUAUGACAAACCCACAAGAUGGGCUUACACAUUUCAGACUUAUGCUUGUUUGAGCCGAGUAAAAGCACAAUUAAAACCUGUCUCAGCCAAGCUACAUGAAGCAGAACAUCCAGUACAAUUUUUCGAAAGAUCUGUGUACAGUGACAGAUACGUGUUUGCUUCUAACUUGUUCGAGUCUGGAAGCAUUAAUGAAACAGAGUGGUCAAUUUAUCAGGACUGGCAUACAUGGCUUUUGAAUCAGUUUCAAUCAGAUAUAGAACUGGACGGCAUGAUCUAUCUCAGAACCACACCUCAGAAAUGCAUGGAAAGGCUACAGAUGAGGGGAAGAGAAGAGGAGCAAGGAAUUGAGCUUGAGUAUUUGGAAAAUCUCCACUAUAAACACGAAACCUGGCUUCAUGAAAGGACUAUGAGACUUGAUUUUGAGUACAUUAAGGAAAUUCCUAUUCUAGUUUUGGAUGUUAAUGAAGAUUUUAAGAAGGAUAAAAUUAAACAGGAGUACCUGGUUGAUAAAGUCAAGUCUUUCCUGACUGCUUUGGAAGAUGAAAAUUAAUUCGAGUAAGGCCCUGAAGUUCACCUAAUAAUCCGUGUUCAAAAAUUUACUUUACAAAUGUAUUACCUAUAUAGCUAAUUUUAAAGCAAGCCAAAAGUUGUAAAAACAUUGUUUGGGGUUUAUUUUUUUUCCUUGUCUGUGCUGUGUGGGUUUUGAUAGACCUUUCUGUACAGCUAGGAAGAACAAAUAUGGUGUGUGCUUUGAUGAUUUUUUUCCCUAUAUAUUCUCUGUUUAAUAAAGAUUUAAAAGUCA